AUGACGUGUAUUGAGUUUACCGUAAACGGAAGAAAAUGUUCAGUGGACGCCAGAACUCCCCGCAGUACGACUCUGAACGCGUACCUCAGAUACGUGUUGUCGUUGCCCGGGACGAAGGCCAUGUGCCACGAGGGAGGCUGCGGCGCGUGCUGCGUGUCGGUGCGCGCGCUCAGAGAGACCUCCGGCAGGAAGGAGACCUUCUCAGUUAAUUCUUGUUUGGUGCUGGUGUUCUCCUGUCAUGGCUGGAAUAUAACUACCAUCGAAGGCGUCGGGAACCGUCGCGACGGUUACUCCGACAUUCAGAAGCGGUUCAGGGCAUUCAACGCCACCCAGUGUGGAUAUUGCACGCCCGGCUGGAUCAUGAAUUUAUAUAGUUUACAGGAUAAACACCUGACAACAGCAGAAUUGGAAAAAUCAUUCGGCAGUAACACGUGCCGAUGUACAGGAUAUAGACCUAUAUUGGACGUGAUCAAGUCAUACGCAGUCGACGCCAGCCCUGAGCUACAACAGAGGGUGAACGAUAUAGAAGAUUUAGAAAUAUGUGAUAGGAAAUCAAGUAAUUGCCAAAGAAAAUGUUCUACGCAUAGCUUCGAUAGCGACUGGAGCGUAAUAGAGAACUCAUUGCCUAGAAGUGAUGAAGCGAUAGUUCUAGAUUUUGGUAAAGAAAAAAUAUUUAAGGUAUUCAACGAAGAAGACAUUUUUGAAGUAUUUAACAAACACGGAGUAGAUUCCUAUCAACUUGUUGAUGGGAAUACCGCUAAAGGUAUUUAUGAAAAAUAUGAAUAUCCUCGAGUAGUAAUAGAUAUUAGCAAUGUGAAAUCGCUAAAAGGAUAUCAAUAUGAUCAGAACUUAAUACUGGGAGCCAACACAUCAUUGGAGGAAUGCAAACAAAUAUUCAAAGACAUGGCACAUUCAAAUGAUGAUUUCAGUUAUCUGUCUGAAUUUGCUAAGCAUUUCGACAAAAUUGCUCAUAUUCCCGUUAGAAAUAUCGGAUCACUGGCCGGUAACUUGAUGUUGAAACACAGCAUGCCGUCGUUUCCGUCGGAUGUGUUUUUGCUUUUAUCUGCGGUUGGUGCAGUGAUUACUGUCAGAAAUUCAAGCGGACAAAAGAGUAUUUUACACAUGCCAAACUUCCUGAGAUAUAAUAUGCAAGGCAUGCUAAUACUCUCGAUUGCAUUGCCUCCACUAGGCGCAACAAAUAUUUUUAAAAGUUAUAAGAUAAUGCCGAGAAAUCAAAAUGCUAUAGCUAUUGUAAAUGCAGCAUUCCUACUAAAUAUGAGCAACGAUAAUAAAACAGUAAAAGAUGCUACCAUUGUAUUUGGUAAUAUUUCAACAGAAUUUAUAUACGCUAAACGUACUGAGGACUAUUUACGGAACAAAAAUAUUUUUGAUAAUAAAGUACUACAAGGAGCUAUUAAGGAAUUGCAUGAUGAAAUAUGUCCAGAUGAAAAUAGUUUUUAUUCAAAGGAUAUACGUAAGAAAUUGGCAAUUGGACUUUUUUAUAAGUUUACUUUGAGCAUUGCCCCGUCCAGUAUUGUUGAUCCUCGCUAUAAAUCCGGAGGAGAAUUGCUGCAUCGUCCGAUCUCUCACGGAACUCAAGACUUCCAAACAGAUUCUUCGCUGUAUCCUAUUAACCAGCCCCUUCCCAAGUUAGAAGGCUUACUUCAGAGCUCAGGAGAAGCACAAUUUGUAAAUGACAUUCCGCCGUUCCCUUUAGAAGUAUUUGGUGCGUUUGUAUUAUCUACAAUACAUGUUGGGCAGAUUGAUUUUAUAGACUCAACUGAUGUUUUGAAAAUAGAUGGAGUGCUGGCUGUAUAUACUGCAAAAGAUAUACCCGGAGCUAAUUCUUUUAUUCGCCCGGGGAUUCAACUCGAGACUGAAAAUGAAGAGAUUCUUGUGAGCAGUAAUGUCAAAUAUUAUGGUCAACCUCUAGCCAUUGUUGUGGCGGUUUCCCAAGAGCUUGCUGCAAAUGCUGCAAAGCAAGUUAAAGUGACGUAUAAAAACAUAAGUUUUGAAGUACCUGUUACCACUAUAGAUAAAGCUAAAAAAGACAGCAAAAGAUAUAUGCCAAGCGAUGUAAGUAUUGAACCUAAAGGUCGUGGUAAUAAUGUUACAAAUAUUGUGAAAGGUAUAUAUGAAAUUGAAACACAAUAUCAUUAUUAUAUGGAACCAAUAACUUGCGUCGUGGUGCCAGUGGAUGAUGGACUCGAAGUAUAUGAAUCUACGCAAUGGAUGGAUUUAAGUCAAAUAGCAAUAGCUCAAUGUUUGGAUAUAAAAGAAAGUCAAGUUUUCUUGAAAGUGCGUCGUUGUGGAGGUGCAUUUGGCGGUAAAAUUAGUCGGAAUGUGCAAGCGUCUACAGCUUGUGCUUUAGUUGCCCAGAAGAUGGCAUUGCCGUGCCGUUUCAUAUUGCCAAUACAAACCAACAUGUCCAUUGUUGGUGGUAGGUUUCCAACGCAAUGCGAAUAUGAGGUAGGUGUGGAUGAUAAUGGGACGAUUCAAUACCUAAAAGGGACGAUCGUGCAAGAUCAGGGUUACUCAAUCAAUGAUUCUGUCAUUUCUUACGUUGCGGGAGGUUUCCCAAAUUGCUACAAUUCUGAUUACAUGGACGUAAAAUUUGCUUCCGUAUUCACUGACUUGCCUUGUAAUACAUUUGUUCGAGCGCCAGGUACAUUAGAAGGUAUCGUUUGCAUAGAAAAUAUAAUGGAACACAUCGCGUAUGGUGUACGAAAGGAUGCAACAGAUGUACGUAUUGCAAAUAUGAGAAAGGAAGACAAUGAUAUACCACAGCUCAUAAAUGUAUUAAAAAAAGAAGCCAACUAUGAUGAACGAGUGAAAUCAAUCCAAGAUUAUAAUGAGUCGAAUCGUUGGAUAAAGAAAGCUAUACAUAUUAGUCCAAUGCUUUUCCCAGUUGAGUACUAUGGUAAUUAUUCUGCCAUGGUGUCUAUAUACAGAGGAGAUGGUACGGUAACAGUUACCACUGGUGGUAUAGAGAUGGGUCAGGGUCUUAACACAAAAGCAGCACAAGUAUGCGCUCACCAAUUAGGUAUUCCAUUGAAGUAUAUAUCUGUAUUGCCGAGUGUCACAUCUGCAGCAGCUAAUAAUGUAUUCUCUGGUUCUAGUAUAACUAGUGAAUCUGUCUGUUACUCUAUAAUAAAAUCUUGCGAAAUACUGAAUGAGCGACUGCAAUCGGUAAAACAAGAGUUGACAAAUCCGACAUGGGAACAAUUAAUUUGGAAGGCCGGGGAAAUGUUAGUGGAUUUGACUGCUAUUUAUAUGAUGACAGAUCAAGAAAAAGAUUUGUCGAGCUACAGUGCAUUUGGUAUAUCCAUUUUAGAAACAGAAUUAGAUGUAAUAACAGGGAGAUACGAAUUGUUAAGAGUUGAUAUAUUAGAGGAUGUGGGCUUAAGUGCUAAUCCAAGUAUCGAUGUUGGACAGUUAGAAGGAGGUUACGUCCAGGGUUUGGGAUAUUUCACGAGUGAGAAGAUCAUAUAUGACGAGCACACAGGCAAGAAACUCACUAAUAGAUCUUUAACAUACCACGUACCUCUCGCCUUAGACAUACCAGCAGAUUUCAGAGUGAAAUUUCGAUACAAUUCCAAAAAUCCCAAGGGUGUAUUGGGAUCAAAAACUGUCGGAGAAAUGGGUGUCUGUACUACAUCUGGAGUGACGCAUGCUCUUAGGAGAUGUGUGAUGGAAUCGAGAAAGGAUUCUGGACGCGACCCCACAGAGUGGAUUAACAUAGACAUGCCCUGCACAACAGAGUCGAUGCUGAAGGCAUUGGAUGUGAAAUUAGAAGAAUUUGUUUAUAAGCUAUGAUGAAGGCAGUCUUCAUGAAGGCAGUUCGACUGACAUAAUUUUUUUUGUUAUAUUAAUUAUUUAUCUAAUUGCAUUUAAUUACAGAAUCAACUAUUGAAAAGGUGUUGUUACAAAAAUCUAAAUAUAUGUUUUUAAAAGAAAGGGAUUUUUUAACAAUAUAUCAAAUACUUAACCAAUUCAAAAGGAGAUCGAUAUUAUGACGGCCUGAGCCGAGGUUCCAACCCCUAGCGGUGCCCUCAGAUUAAAUUCGUAUGCGACAGGCGGGAGUAGGCCUUCAGCCGCUCCAUGAGUCCUUUCGCGGGUUUGGAGUACCAUCUGCACUUGCUCCCUAUCGUCCGGUGAAGCUGUAAUGGCCAGCUGCGGCCAACAGCAUUAGAGUAGUCCGAAAAAAAAGCUGCUUAUAGCGCGGCGUAAGUAAGUAUGUACAUAUACUUUACCUAUAUGUAAAGUAUAUGUACAUACAUGUACGUAUAUGUAUAUACAGCGUGCAGUGUACUCAGCAUUUUAAGAGAAAUUUAAAAUCGCUUUAUUAGUAUGAAUUAUUAGUA